AUGCAGUCUUCAAAGAGCACCGAUCCCAGCAACCCAACCAAUCCAACCGACGAUGCACAGCCCCCGGCAAUGCCAGAGCACUCCUGUGCCACGCUCGCACAGGCUGUCAAGAUCCUCCAAGACGGAGUAACACGUAUGGAUGCCCUCGAAAAGAAACAUGGCUCCACCCUCCGGUCCAAUCUUUACGAAGUCGACCCCGAAGUCCAUAGGGACAUCGGCGCCAAGCUGGAUGAGAUUGAAAAACAUGAACUCUCAUUCUACGAUUGUCUACAAUUCGAGAACGACACAACAGUCAUAUACGCUGGGAAUCGGUUCAAGUUCGAGAGCCCUGAGACUGUUGUGGAGUUUGUCAAGGCCGCAGAGAAAGAUUUCGAGCCCAAAUCGGACAACUUUUUGGUUACGAUGCGGCGGUGGAAAGCGAGUAUCUGCGACCGGGUCAGUGCCCCGAGCAGUACCCCGCAAGGCUGA